AUGGUCCGCCACAAGAAAGACUUCAAGUCGAACAACAAAUACUCGGCUCGAGGAGGAAGAGGGAGGGGAGGAAAGCCCGUAGGCGCAGGGCCACCACGUCCCCGCCGUGACUCCGAGUCCGAGUCCGAAAACAGCGACGCCGAAAACCCUCGUCCGAGGAAGCCGGAGUUCAAGGCAGCAUGCUGGGACCUGGGGCAUUGCGAUGCGAAACGAUGCUCGGGCAAGAGGCUCAUGCGUCUAGGAAUGAUGAGGGAGCUUCAUGUUGGCCAGAAGUUCGCGGGCGUGGUCGUCAGUCCCAAGGGCAAGAAAAUCGUGUCGAGAGAGGACAAGGAGUUGUUGGAUCAAUACGGCGCUGCGGUUGUCGAGGCAAGCUGGAAUAGGAUUGACGAGGUGCCAUUCGGCAAGAUCGGUGGCAAAUGCGAGCGCUUGCUGCCGUACCUCGUUGCGGCGAACCCCACCAACUACGGAAAGCCAUGGAGAUUGAACUGUGUCGAGGCACUCGCGGCGUGCUUCUACAUUUGCGGUCACUCAGAUUGGGCUGAGGAUAUUCUGUCAACGUUCUCCUACGGUCGAGCAUUUCUAGACAUCAACGCUGCGCUGCUCAAGCGCUACGAAGCGUGCGAAAACGAGGAGCAGAUCAAGAAGGCAGAGGAAGCCUGGCUUGCAAAGAUCGAACAGGAGUUUGAGCAAGCCAGAGCCGAGAAGGAGGACGGUGCCGAAGACGAUGUCUGGGCUGGCGGAAAUCAGAACAGGCGCAUCAUCGAUGAGUCGGACGAGGAUGAGGAUGACGAGGAAGAUGAGGAUGAAGACGAAGUGGAUCCACGGAACCCAUACGAUCUUCCGCCAUCUGAUGAUGAAGAAGAGAUGGCAGAGCUCCGUCGACGUGUCCUAGCGUCAAAGCCUUUCGCCAACCCCUCCAAGAACAACGACGAGGACGAAGAAGAUUCCAAGAAAGCCCCCGAACGUAUACCGCGUACUGAACCAGCGCCAAAGCAAGAGGCGGACGAGAAGAGCGACGUCUCGAACGACGACGGUGGAGAUGACGACGAGUUCGACGCCUUCAUGAACGCUCAACCCACAACAGACAGGACCGGCAUUACAGGCAAGCAGAGGCAGAAGGCGUUGGACAAGCAGACCGCCACCUUCUCGAGUGGCAAAGUCAAUGCUCCCAGCCGGCAGGGUUACUAG